UCAGCCCCCACUGCACCUCCAUCUUCAACGACUUUCCCCACUUGUCAAAGUUCAAAUCUGACAAGCCACUUCUUCACGACUCAAAAAACCCAUGUGAAGCCCACAUAAGCAAAAACCACCGCAGCCACAUCUAAACAGCCCCCAUUUCAAAACCAGCCACAAGUGCCAAAUAACCAUGGAACCCAUGGCGCUCGGAAGCGCCCCGUCGAGCCCCUCAUCCCCCGGGGUCAAGCCCAACUUCCUCCCCGCCUUCCUCAUGGGCGACACCUCGCAGCCGUCGUCGCCCAACCCCAGCACCUCUCCGGGUCGGAAUCGGACCCCGGGGCGGAAACUCGGCGCUCCGAGUACCCCCGGGAUGUACCCCAAGCUGUUCAACGCGACUCUGGAGAGCCCGCGGCAGCCGUUCACGCCGCACAAGCCCGGGCCCCCGAGCCAGGGGCUGUUUGAUACCAUCGAGCAGAAGCGCAAGCCCACUAGUCCCAUUAUGCAGUCCACGGCGAUUGAGAGUCCGGGGGUGUUCGGGCAGAGCCGGCUGGAGGAUAGUUUUAAUUGUAGUAGGAACUUUAACGAGAGCGUGAAUUUUAGUCGGGUGGACAAGAUUGAUACCCAUUGGGUUACAGUGUUUGGGUUUCCGCCCAGCGCUUUGAGUUUGGUUUUGGCGCAGUUGUCGAAUUGUGGGACGAUUGUGGAGAAGAGGAUCCCGGGACAGGGGAAUUGGCUGCAUGUGAAGUUUAAUCAUUUGAGUGAUGUGCCCAGAGCUCUGGCUAUGAAUGGGAGAUGUAUAAGUAAUUGUAUUAUGGUCGGGGUUAGUUUGUAUUAUCAUAAGGAAAAUAAGGAGAACGAUGACGUUUUUGCGUCGCCUAUUAGAGCCAGGUCUUUGCGGCACUCGUUCAUUUCGCCCCACAACGCAAGUUCGGUGCUGCCGCCGCAGAACGUUCCUCAGAAGUCCACUGGUUUGGUGUCGAAAGCGAUCGAGUACGUCUUCGGCUGGUGAUUUUAUAGUUUUUAGGUUCAAUUUUAUAUUAUUAGGGACUGAUGUGUAAAAACUAUCUUUUUUUUAAGAAAACUACUUUAUGAUAGUA